AAGUACGCGCGCACAGUCACAUGACAGGCAGAUUGCGUAGCAUCCGCGCGAGGAGACGGAUGCUCAGCUAUUUCCUCCUCCAGUUUUUUGGACGAUUGACCGUCAUAUCAUAACUGACAAGCACUUGACACCGAUACUAUAACGUUCACGUUUGUUCCGAAGUGGGCGCUGUCUUCUGAAGUCACGCGAGAGUCUCGCCCCUCCCCCUAUAGCGCGACAGGUGAUCCAAGAUGGCGCUCUUCGAGAAGAAGAAGGCGCAGAAGGUUACCUUAGACGACACCUCUCGCCUCUCCUGUACCAUCGAGGCCGCCCAGAACGUGCAGGGACAUACGGUGAAUGUAGUCAGGGUUCUAGACUUCCUGGGGUUGGACCAUCAGGACUAUGUGGUGAGAGUGCAGCGAGGACCCCUAGCAGAAAACAGCUGGCAGAUUAACAGAAGAUAUAGUGAUUUUGCUGCCUUGAACACAGCUUUGCAGAUAGGAGGUGUGGACCUGAACUUGCCUCCUAAGAAGAUAUUUGGAAACAUGGAGCGAGAGUUCAUCGCUGAGAGACAGCAGGGGCUGCAGUUGUUCCUGAACAACAUCACCUCCCAUCAGCUCCUCUCUCUGUCUCUCAUCGUCAGGAAGUUCCUGGAUCCUACAAACUACCCUGAGAGUAUGAACACACAAGAAGCUGCUCUCCAGCACGUGUCCAUGUUCUUCAGAUCAGAGCCUCACUGGGAAGUCAUAGAACCACUACGAGAUGUCGGCUGGAGAUUUAGAAAAAGCUACUUUCUCAUCAAACCAAAAGACCAGCCAAAGGAGAAACUAGUCUUAUCUUGGACUGACUUUGGUCCAGACAAGACAAUAGAUGACAAAGACCUUGUGCCAAUCAUGAAAUUACUCCCAACAAUACAGCACCCGUUUAUCUACCCCGUCGUGUUUGCUACAUCCAUGGAGAGCGGAGGCCUCGCCAUCCGCAACUUCUACCAACCAGGAACACUCAGGGACGCCAUCUGUAAAACAAAACCAAAUAAAGUGCAUUUUCUGAAGAAGUACUGCAAGCCAAAGAUGUACGCCCCCCUCCCGCUCCCUGCAAUAAGAACCUGUGGAAGACAAGUACUAGAGGCCUUAAAGUUCCUACACGACAAAGGAUGGUUCUACGGACAGCUCCAUGCGGGGAAUGUGAUGUUGGAAGAGAACUGCUGUCGACUGUUGGACCUGGAGAACAGUGUGCUGGGUCUGCCUCCCUACUACAGAUACUUCCUGACACAGCUCAGGAAAGUACAGACCAUGGAGCAGGUAGAUGUGUACAGUUUUGGCCACCUUGUGUACGAGAUGGCGUUUGGAGACCAGCUGCAGACAGCAACGCUGGAGAUGCUGCCUCUGGACUGUCCUGGAGAGCUCAGAACGUUCCUGGAGUCCAUCCUCACUGUGGACGCUGUCAAGUCAGUACCUUCUGUAGCAGACUUACUGGCCAGUCCACUGUUCAGCAAUGUACCUGUGGUUCUACCAGAUAAACCUCAGUUGAAGAUUCCCAGUAAGCUAAAAGAAGCCCUGAAGUUGGCAAAGGAGGCAACAGAGAAAAGAUUAAAAGUUGACCAGGGAGUGUUUAACCAGGUAAGAAGACAAUCAAAGGCCAAGGCUCACCACAUGUCUGAUGAAGAGAAGAAGAAAAGGAAAAAAUCUGCAAGGAAGCGUCUGUCCCAGCAGCCUACAGGCCAGGAGGAGGACCACAACACCAACCACCUGCCAGCUACUAAUGGGGUUGGUUCCAGCACCACUAGUCCCACAUCUUCAGGUGCACCCUCACCUGUCCCUCCACCUGCACCAGCUGCAGAUCAUGAUCAGAAAGCAUGAGGAUCACAGGAGGAUCCUGGAUCUCCUGUAGGUUUGAUCACUGUCAGAUCUCACUCGUGUCUGUGACUAACACUUACCUGCUUACCUGUCUGCAUAUAUAUAUAUAUAUAUAUAGCCCUUUCACUGUGAAGCGACAGUAUUCUAGGCAAUACCGGGUAUGUCAGAUGUCAGAGGCAAAGGCCUCGAAAAACCACACACGUCUGGACGUUGUUAUGCAGAUUGAAACAAUGGUUGAGACAAUGAUUGUUUUCUUUUUCAGGGCCUUUAGCUUUCAAAUUGAUAGAUUACCCAGAAUUCAUGUUGCUGCACAUGUGUCCUAACCUCUGUGAAAGGGCUUAUUAUAUGCUGCAUGCACUGCUAAUACUGGAGUUGUUGCCUGUGCCUGUUGUAUGACUGUGUGUUGUUGUUGUGCUGUGUUGUGUUGAUGUGUGGCAUACUGUAUGUUAAGUGUUUGUCUGGAUAUCGUGAUCAGUGAUAUUGUAGAAACAUCUGAGACUAGAUUUUGUUUUAAUCAUGAAGAGUUUUCCCGUUGCUGACAUUCUUUUUUUUCUUUUUAGUUUAUUAGUGUAAUUUGUCUGGUCUGGCAAAAUCUUGCCAAUAUCAGAACAAAGCACAUUCAGCUAUGCAAAUCAUUGCUUUCUGUGACCGGUGUUCCCUGUUA